UCCUUAGGGUGGUUGGUUAGAGAUCUGAGUCAUGCCUUCAGAUCUCAAACCAAGGCCAGGGAGGAAUAGAUCUAAAAGCCAUUCUUACCGUGGAGCACAUUAUAAGAUAAUAUCUGCUGAUACUGGUAACAGAGGCCAGACUCUGAGUUCUGGCCAUGGAAACAACAUGGUCGGUGCCUCUCUGUUUGGCUUCUGGACUGCAAUAAGUCAGUAUCUACAAAAUUUGUGGGCCCGAAGGCACAUAGGCCUGCUUCUGCUUUUACUCUGGACUCUGGUGAUCUUGUGCUAUCUUGUGAACACUGACUCUCUGCCUCCAAGUGCGAAAUUGUCCUUGCUCGAUGACAGUGUAGAACUUGGACCUCAGUGGGACAGUAUGUUGGACUUUUUCUUUCCAACAAGGACCAACAUAGCCAAAGCAUGCAUCGUCAGGGACAAUAAGGAGUUGGUGGCAUGUAAUAACCAGCCAUAUCUCAGCAAAACUGAAUGUUUAAGUUCCAAGUGCUGUUUUUCAUCAUCUGGGACUGAAAUCAAAUGCCAUGCCCCACUAAGGGAUAAGCCUACACAGAUGCUCCGGCUGUUUGGAUGUGUUAUGAUCAGCAUGGUAAUCCUGGGAUUUCUGCCUGUGUACUGCUGUUCCCUUUGCCGGAGGAGGAAGAAAAUGAACAGGAUAGUGAAGGUUUUGAAGAAACAGAAAGCAAGACUGAAGAAGGAGCCGAAAGGAAGGAUGGUGUCAGAAGAGAGAGCUUUACUUUCUGGUUGAGAAUGCAGAUUAGAAGAGACUUUUCUUAUCAUCUAAAUCCAGUUUAGAAAGUCAAUUUUUCGUUUUAUUUUCCUAUCAAAAUAAA